AUACAUGUGAUGGUAUAUGCCAUGUUUAAUUUUUACCUGCCACUUUAAGAAACUUGUUUGAGUAGUUGACCCAACAUUUAGGUGCCUUGAUUUUGAAUGGAUGUUUGACAAACCAAAUAAGGUGACCAUUCCCACACUAUGAAAGAAUCACUUUGUUCAUCGCGCUCCCCCUCAUCCAAGGUUUUUGUCAAGUACACCAAAGCCUUCGGGUUACUGUCAUCAGCACCUCUGCCGACAAAAAACAAGAGGCCAUAGAACGUUUUGGUGUUGAUUCCUUCUUGAUCAGUUGUGACCCUGAACAAAUGCAGAAAAAAGGCUACAAAGAGCACACUUGAUGGGAUAAUAGACACAGUUUCAGCAGUUCAUCCUCUUACGCCACUACUAAGCUUAUUGAAGACCAAUGCUGCCACGUGUCAUUCUUCCGUUCGUCUGGGCGGCAUAUUUCCUAUAUAAAGCGAGGUUCUCCCUAGGAUUUCCUUACUUGCAAAUCUUCGAUUUAAAAACUGCCCGGCUGCUUCUGCUUUUUCACGAGUCCUCCGAGUCCUCUUAUUCCAAGUAAGUCUCUUUCUUUCCUCUUCUUUGAGUCAUGUCUGACCGCGAAGACAGCAAGAACCCUUCCGUCCAUUCUUACGGCUCUGGUGACCGGUCUCAGACUUCCGGUUCCUCUUCUUCUUCAUCCUCUGAUUCUGAGCACCCAACUACCUCUCCAAAGAAGAAGCCGGUUCAUGCUUCGACUUGCGCUCCUUCUUCUUCUGCGGCGCAAGUGGUCUCGGUUGCCCAACCUGGGGAUGAGGGCUUCAUUCUGCUAGACGACCGGUUGCUCCAAAUGCAAUCGUCGGUCAUGCAGAAGGCCCAAGCUGAUGAUCGCAUGUCCACGAGAAUGAAGUGCCAGGUCAAACCAACAGAGGCCGAUGACCUGGUUGCCUGGGAAACCACCCUCCGGGCCGGGGAUGCCUCCACCCGCGGUCUUUACCAUGUCGGGAAGUGGAGCGUCUACCCCGGCCGGGAGACUGACCCUGAGCCGGAGAUCGUCCUGACUGGGGUGAUCCCCGAAGCUAUCCCCAUCAACCGGGCGAGGGGAUCCAAAGCCCCGGUCACAGCCACCACCGUGGUCAAGUUUCACUCCAAAUUCGCCACCCCAAAAAUCGUCGUUGAGGAGCCCUCCACCGCCCAGCUUCUCAGCCAACCUUCGGUCCAACCACUCUCUUUGGACGAGCAGCCGACCCAGUCUCAACAGGGGACCAGCCAGCCCGUCCACUCCGGGGAACUCUACAUCAAUGUAGAUACCCUGGAGUUCGACCAGCUGAUGGAGGCUGGUCAAGCAAACCAGCUGGCCGAGGGAGGCCACAACGAAGAGGAGGCUGCUGAAGAGUCUCUUAAAAGGAAGAGGCGGAAGACUGAAGUCGGUCAGAUUGGUGAGGAGUACUUCACACGGCUGGUGAAGUCAAGAGAUGAAGAAAAGGCCAGGAUGGAGGCCAUGAUGGUCGAAUGCCGGAAGGAGGCUAAGGCCGCUUUUGAGAAGGCGGCGAAGGCGGAGGAGAAGCUGAUGGACCACUGUGCGGUCUACCGCCAGCUGUAUGCAAAGCAUGACGGUCUCCUCAAGGCCGCGAAAGAGGCCGAUGAGCAUGCUCAGGCCAAGAACCAACAGCUUGAGGCCGAGAACGCCCGGUCGGCUGAGGAAAUUGCCUGGCUCGGAGACGAGCUGGAGAAAGAGCGCUCGGAAAGGGCUCCUCUUGCUGCCGCCUGGGCUGUUCAAGCGCCUGAGAAGUUUGCUGCCCAAGCGCUUCCUGACCGGGAGAUUGCCAUCCGCUUCUUCCAAGGUUUAUACAAGCACGAAGUCUCGGCCGGGAUCAUCGACGAGAUCAGAACCUACGGUUUCGAAAGCGGUCAGUACGAUGAACGGCGGGCUCUAUAUGGUAUCCUUGAGCAACAGAUUCAAGGUUCCAGCCCAAGGCUCUUUCUCUGCCCGAGCUGCAUGAUGAGGCACCGGUCGCGCCUUUCCCGGGAAUCUGAUUUCCCAGCCUUCUCUUCUUUUUUACUUCCCAUGUGUAAUGAUCUGCCUCCGGGCACUUUUCCCGUCCACUAUUGUCCGGUUAGCAUUUUCGACUUGGCCAUUUCCUUGUGGAUAUGCUACCGAUGCCUUGCUAUGCUUGAUCCCGAAGCUACCAAGGUAUGCAGUGAACCGGGGGUUGCGAAACUGCGGACCGUUGUCGGUGAACACCAAGUUCCUACUCCAAUGGACAAACUCACCACCGAAGUCAAGAAAAAACUCUCCUUGAAUGCCAAAGCACUAAACGUGUUGUUUUGUGCCUUGGGUCAAGAUGAGUUCGCUAGGGUGAGUUCUUGCAAAUCCGCAAAGGAAGCAUGGAAGCUCUUAGAAGCCACCCACGAAGGAGAUAAAGACACAAAAGCUACCAAGAUAGCUUUAGGAACAUCCGAGUAUGAAAACUUAAAGAUGAAGGCCGGAGAAUCCGUUCAAGAUAUGAAAAAUCGAUUCAACCUCAUUGUCAACAAUUUGAGUAAGCUAAAUAAAGUUUAUCCUACUAGUGGGAUUAACACCAAGAUUAUAUUCUCUCUUCCUAGAGAGUGGCAUAGUCUUGUUGUAAAUUUGUUGCCCAAAUGUGCGGAUGUUGAAACCUCCACCAUUUGGAGCGGCCUAUACUCUCACGAACUUCUUUUGAAGAAAAUGAAGGUUGAAGAACAGGUUCCUAUCAUCAAGAAGACCAUGGCACUCAAAAUUGAUGACUAUCCGGAAAGCGAAUCCUCAAAAAGAUUUCCAUCAAAGAAAGGUAAACCUAAUCAAAUAACUUGCUAUGGAUGUGGAAAUGUAGGUCAUAUCAAACCGGAGUGCCCAAAUCUCAAAAAGAAGGAAGAGCUUAAAAAGGGGAAGAAGAAGGCAUUAAAAGUCACUUGGGACGAUUUAAACUCCGACGAAAGUGAUAGUAACCAAAGCCAAGAAGAGAACGCAAAUGCUUGCUUCAUGGCCUCCAAUGAUGAAGAAGAGGCUUACGCCGACCCACAUAUCAUUGAGGGAAGAACCCUUAAACAAGAUGACAUCCCGGUUCCCGUUCUUGAACUUAUUCAAGAACAAGGUUAUGAUGAUUGGAAGAUCAUGAUGGAAGCACAUCUCUACGCUCUACAUGAUUGCAUGUGGAUGGUGCUUGAGGAUCGACCCUGGAAAAUCCAAAUGGAGAACCCUGAGAGGAAUCCAGCUGCUCCAGAUGUAGUCCAGUACAUUCGAAAGCCCAAAGAAAAAUGGGAUGAUAGAGAUUGCAAAAAGCACAAUCUGGACAACGUCGCCAAAGCAGCCAUCUUCAAGACACUUGAUCCCAUCACCUUCUCCAAGAUUAAGUAUCUCAAGACUGCCAUGGAGAUUUGGCAAGGUCUUGGGAAGCUAUGUGAGGGAUCAGAGGACCUGAGAAAGCAGAAGAUAGAAGUCCUGCUUGAGAAGUUCAAAAGCUUCAAAAUGCUUCCCGGAGAAUCAUUUGAUAUGUUGGAUGAAAGAUUCCACAAAAUAUUGAAUGAUCUUGCUUCACUUAACCACAUUCUUUCUCCCAAAGAAAAGAAUCUAGUCCUUGAACUGGUCAUCGCAUGCCUCGAAUGUGGAAGUGGAGGACAUGCUGAUGACAUCACCCAAGAGAGGGCCUUCAUCAUCAAUGCCCUCAUUACCAAGUCUAAGGUAAAUUGGGCUGCUCAUUUCUUCAAUUCCAUCUCAAAGCAUCUGGGAAAACCCAACCAGAAAUACCUUUGUCAAGGUCUGUACAUUGGACAUAUCUUGGAGUCCUUGGGUGCUGCUUCUGAAGGAAAGAAGUAUGAAGCUAGAUAUUGGCUGUACUAUCUGUCUUCCAAAGGGGAAAACAGAGAUGGUGCUAGCACAACUGCAGAGGAAAGUUUUUCAAAUAAUGUCCUUAUCAUGAGUCUGAACAAAUCAGUAAAGAGGAAGCAAGUGGUGUCUCCCUCUCGCAGUACUGAAGCACCACAGAAUCUUGCUCCAAUCAAUCUUGAAGAAGAAGAAGAAUUCUCUGACCAAGGAGAACUACAAAGGAAAAAGAAGAGGAAAAUCACCUCUCCCUCAACAUCUGGACAUGUCAAUCCGGAUGAGUUGAAGGAGAAGGAACCAACUGAGGAAACCUCUGCCCACAACCGGAGUUCUCAACAACUUGAAGAAGAAUUUCCUCAAGUUCAGAAUUCUCCAACUUCCUCACAACCUCAAGUAGAUGAUGCUGAGAAUCAAUUCCGGCAGCUCUACUAUGACUGGAGAGCUUAGAAAGUUGGAAAUUCAGCAGAACAGUUGCUGAGUUGGGACCAGCAAUUGAAGAAUGAGAAGAUCAUCAAGAAAUGCUUAGGUCUGCC